CACGUACUCGUAUGCUUGACGACUUGUAUUUAUUGAUCUCAAUGGACGUGCUGAAGAGGAAGACUUUGAUUACCAGUCACAUAAGAUAACAGGCUAAAACGAAAUGCACGCAUUGACCCUUCUCGUAACAGCGCUGGCCAGCGUUAUAGGCGCAAGUCCCACGCCACGACAGUCUUCGAGUUAUGUCGGCUACCUUAUCUCCACUUUCUCAGACGCCACUCCGCAAGUCCAGUUUCACUUGUCGAAGGGAAAUAGCGCCACGAGCUUCAGUUUCUUGAAUAAAGGCAAGCCGGUCUUGGCAUCGACUGUUGGCACUAAGGGUGUGAGGGACAUAUUCCUCGCUACAAACUCUGCCCGGUCUGAAUAUUACUUAUUAGCCACUGACCUCGACAUCAAUGUGUCGGGAUUCUCGUGGGAUAAGGCGACAAGGCAAGGAAGCCAUUCUCUUGUGAUUUGGAAGUCGACAGACUUAGUCAAUUGGUCCGGACCUUCAUUGAGAACCGUGGAAGAUGCCACAGCGGGGAUGGCGUGGGCGCCAUCAGCUGUAUGGGAUGACGCCACCUCGCAAUACUAUCUCUUUUGGUCGUCGCGCCUUUAUGCCGCUUCCGACACGAAGCACACGGGAACGGCAACUCUCGACCGCAUCCGAUACGCCACCACUAAAGACUUUGCCACCUUCAGUGAGCCCAAAGACUAUUGGGCGCCCACGGGUACGGGACUAAUCGAUCAGGAAUUCCAGUACUUGGGGUCGAAAGGUGCAUACGCCCGCUUUGCUAAGAACGAGUCAACCAGUCAGAUCUAUCAGGAGAUUACCUCAGAUGGGCUAUUUGGCACCUGGACUCGCGUGGGUUUGGUCACGUCGGAUACUCCGCGAGAAGGUCCUGCAUCGUUCGCCGAUAAUGUGACGCCUGGACUCUACCAUCUCCUUCUCGAUGAUUACACGCAAUAUGUGCCCUACCAGACAACGGAUAUUCGUACAUUAGCUUGGAAAAAGUCCAGCACGUCAGGGUUCCCCACUGGUCUGAAGCAUGGCAGUGUUACCCCAGUCACCCAGAAAGAAUAUGAUGCCCUGGCUGCGGCGUACCCAGCUUAGCCUAGCGUAGAAAAAAGGUACAAACAAGAAAAAAAAAACUCCGACAUGAAUUCGGUGCGUCGCAUAUGCCGUCUUUUUAGUUCUGAC